CCGGCGGGGCGGGACCGGGGAGCGGGCCGGGCCAUGGCGAGCGGGGCGCGGGGCGCCUGGAGCGAGUGGCCCGUGGAUCACUUCCUGCGCACCGGGCACAUCGCGGCCAGGGACGGGGCCGCCGUGCGCUGGUUCCACGCCGCCAACAGCAGGGCCCGGGCGGCGGAGGCCGCGCGAAGCGCCGUGCACAUGGUGGAGGUGGAUGUGGUGCUGCGGGGAGGGGACGGGGAGCCCAUCCUGGCUCACCCCCCCGACACCGACAGCGACAUCACCCUGCAGGAGUGGCUGGCACAGAUGGGCAGCACCAGCAAGGGCAUCAAGCUCGACUUCAAGAGCCUGGCCGCCGUGGGACCGUCUCUGGAGCUGCUGGGGCAGGCGGGGCAGGGCCUGGACGCGCCCGUGUGGCUGAACGGGGACAUCCUGCCGGGGCCCCGCGGGGGCUGCGCGCCGCUGGACGCCCGCGCCUUCCUGGGCGCCGUCACCUCCUCCUGCCCCGAGGCCACCCUGUCCCUGGGCUGGACCACGGGCUGCCACCGAGGCCAAGGCUACGAGUGGCCCUUGGUGCAGGAGAUGUGGCGGCUGUGCCACCCGCUGUCGCAGCCGGUGACGUUCGCGGUCAGGGCUGCGCUGGUGCCCGGCUCCGUCCCGCAGCUGCAGUGGCUGCUGCAGCAGUGCCACAGGUCAGUGCUGCUCCCAGCGUGUCCCUCAGCUGCAGGGCUGGCAGGGCCAGCCCAGUGCCAGCCCCUCGCCCGUCCUGAGCAGCCCUGUGUCACACACAGCCCACUGGCACUGGAAAUUAUUCUCCUCCCGGUGCUUCCCUUCCCACAGGCCUCAAAGCCUUUCAGUCCUCAGACAGAAGUGGCCACUAUUAAUUUCUGUAAAGUAGUUAAAUCCCAUAACCUUAUUUUUCAUUACCUGCUAUGAGGACUUUUGAAUGGUGCGUAGGUGUGCAACCCAGUUGUGCUGCAAACAUUUCCUGAGAUUAAUGUAGUUAAAUAGACUAAAUAGUCUGAUGUUGCAAUUGAGAAUUCAUGCAAUCCAAAGACUUUGUAUUGGAUUCGCUAUUUAUGUUAUUUUAUAGCAUUUUUGAAAAAUGUCAAAGAUGAUUUUUAGAUUGGAAAUCAGGUGUUUCCCUCCAAGCUAAUUAAUUUUGCUGAGGCACUUGAAAUGUACUCAGUGGUUUUCAUACAGGAACUUACAUUGUCCUUUAGAAAUAAUUCUUACCAACCCCUAACCAUUUCAUUAUAAAAAUUAUUCACAUGUAAUAGAAUGAGAAUAAAACCAGCUUCCCAUAUAUUGCCAUUUACUCAUCUUUUUCAACCGCUUUGCCUACCCACAGCUUAAUAAAACUGUUCCAGCCAAGGUCUAAGCCCAAGACAGAAAACCUAAGGGAAUCUCUGAAAAAUUUCUAAUUAUUUAGAACAACAGGGCGGGCAAAUAAAGUGCUGAUAUUCUUUUUUACGGUGAAGACUGAAAACAGAAAUUAGAAUUAAGCAGUUAAAACUAGGAAAUUGAUUAAAAAAUACUAUUGCAUUAGGAAUGUAUCUUAAUAAUUGUGUCAAUUUCAAAUAUCAUUGGAUACAAACAUUAUUUUCACGGAAAUAUUAGGAUUUGCUCUUUUACCUCAUAAGACUCAGGGGGGUUCUUCAAUGGCAUUAGAAGACAGAAAUUCCUGAGCCAGUUUUGCUCACAUACAACUGAAUUCUGAUGUAUCAAUUUUUUAAAGUAACACAAUUUUGCUAAACAAGGGGGAAAACCUAAAUAUAUAAGUCAUGUGGAGGAUGUGGAAGUAAUGCUUUAACUGAAUGAUGUUUUGGGGGAUUUCAGUGUUUUUUUGAGAAGUUCUGUGCAAUUAAUGAGAUUUGGCUUAGGUGGCAUCUCUACACAUCACUGAUGUGACACAGCACAGAGCACAGCAAUCACCUGUGUCUGGGAUUGCAUCAUAUUUCCUGUUUUGAGGCUCAGUUUGUGGCUGUUGAUCAAUUUACCAAAACUGAAAUGCUUAUUCUGGUAAAUUUCUUUGCUGGAUAUUUACCUGAAGUUUUUAAUUUAAAUCUCUCUGAGGUUUGGUAGAACAGUCACAGAUAAAUUGCUCUGGGGGUGCAGUUGUUUGUAUUUAAUUACUUUUCUAAAGUUAGGAUGCUGUAAUCCUGAGUAUUUUUAGGAGUCUAUUAGUGCAGUGUCUUCCUGGUUUCCAUGCUUUAUCCUGACAUACUCUUUUUCUCUUUGUUUUGUUCGUUUUCUCCCUUUCUCUGGACAUAGGUACAGCCUCACUGUUUGGACAGGAAAGGAGGAUGUGUAUUCUGUAGACGACUUGCUUCUCAUCCGAGACAAUUUCGAUAAAAGUAGGGUUUACUACGACAUUUUUGAGCCACAAAACUCUGAAUUCAAAAAAGCCA